CUCCUCCCAUUGGCCCAGGGAGGGUGGAGCGCGGCGCCAUGACGUCAGACGCCCAAAGGGGCGGAGUGGUGAGGGGAAGGAGGAGGGAAGUAGGACUUCAACAUGGCGGCUGUGGUACUGGCAGUGGGCACGGUGACGGCCUGGCCCGGGGCGGGCAGAGUUGGAGGUGGUGGCGUUCGCUUUCCCUAGGGGCCGUCAGGAGCUCAGCGGUGACCGAUUCUGGGAGGCCGUCCGGCGCCAGCACGUUUCGGCUUCUGGGACGGCAGCGGCAGCGGCGUUCAGGGACUUUCAGUUACCUUGAUGAUGUCCCAUUUAAGAUAGGAGACAAAUUCAAAACACCAGCUAAAGUUGGUCUUCCUAUUGGCUUCUCCUUGCCUGAUUGUUUGCAGGUGGUCAGAGAAGUACAGUAUGAUUUCUCCUUGGAAAAGAAAACUAUUGAAUGGGCUGAAGAUACUAAGAAAAUCCAAGAAGCCCAGCGGGAAGCAGAGCGCAAGGCUGAGGAAGUAGAAGCUAAAGUGAAUUCUAAGAGUGGCCCAGAAGGUGACAGCAAAAUGAGCUUCUCCAAGACUCACAGUACAGCCACAAUGCCACCUCCAAUUAAUCCCAUCCUUGCCAGCUUACAGCACAACAGCAUCCUCACCCCGACUCGGGUCAGCAGCAUUGCCAUGAAACAGAAAGUUCUCAGCCCACCCCACACAAAGGCAGAUUUCAAUCCUGCUGACUUUGAGUGUGAAGAAGACCCAUUUGAUAAUCUGGAGUUAAAAACUAUUGAUGAGAAGGAAGAGCUGAGAAACAUUCUGGUAGGAACCACUGGACCCAUUAUGGCUCAGUUAUUAGAUAAUAACUUGCCCAGAGGCGGCUCUGGGUCUGUGUUACAAGAUGAGGAGGUCCUGGCAUCCCUGGAGCGGGCGACCUUGGAUAUCAAGCCUCUUCACAAACCCAAUGGCUUUAUAACCUUACCCCAGUUGGGCAACUGUGAAAAGAUGUCGCUGUCUUCUAAAGUGUCCCUCCCCCCCAUUCCUGCAGUAAGCAAUAUCAAAUCCUUGUCCUUCCCCAAACUUGACUCUGAUGACAGCAAUCAGAAGACAGCCAAGCUGGCGAGCACUUUCCAUAGCACAUCCUGCCUCCGCAAUGGCACCUUCCGGAAUUCCCUAAAGCCUUCCACCCAAAGCAGUGCCAGUGAGCUCAAUGGGCAUCAUACUCUUGGGCUUUCAGCUUUGAACUUGGACAGUGGCACAGAGGUGCCAACCCUGACUCCCUCAGAUCUGAUCUCCCAGAUGCCUUCCCUCUCUGUCUUGUCUGUGUGCACAGAAGAAUCGUCACCUCCAAAUACAGGUCCCACGGUGACACCUCCAAAUUUCUCAAUGUCACAAGUGCCCAACACUUCCAGCUGUCCCCAGGCCUAUUCUGAACUGCAGACACUGUCCCCCAGUGAGCGGCAGUGUGUGGAGACAGUGGUCAACAUGGGCUACUCAUAUGAGUGUGUCCUGAGAGCCAUGAAGAGGAAAGGAGAGAAUAUUGAGCAGAUUCUCGACUAUCUCUUUGCACAUGGACAGCUCUGUGAGAAGGGCUUCGACCCUCUUUUAGUGGAAGAGGCUCUGGAAAUGCACCAGUGUUCAGAGGAAAAGAUGAUGGAGUUUCUUCAGUUAAUGAGCAAAUUUAAGGAAAUGGGCUUUGAACUGAAAGACAUUAAGGAGGUUCUACUACUUCACAACAAUGACCAGGACAAUGCUCUGGAAGACCUCAUGGCUCGGGCAGGAGCCAGCUGAGACCAGGCACUGCCUAGACCCUGCCAUGGAAC